AUGGACGUGGACAUGGACGUGGACAUGGACGUGGACGUGGACCUGGACGUGGACGUGGACAUGGACGUGGACAUGGACGUGGACAUGGACGUGGACAUGGACAUGGACGUGGACAUGGACGUGGACGUGGACGUGGACGUGGACGUGGAGAUGGACGUGGACGUGGACGUGGAGGACUUGGACGUGGAGAUGGACGUUGACGUGGACGUGGACGUGGACGUGGACAUGGACGUGGACGUGGACAUGGACGUGGACGUGGACGUGGACAUGGACGUGGACAUGUACGUGGACGUCGACGUGGAAGUGGACGUGGACGUGGAGAACUUGGACGUGGACAUGGACGUGGACAUGGACGUGGACGUGGACGUGGACGUGGACGUGGACUGGGACGUGGACGUGGACAUGGACGUGGACGUGGACGUGGACGUGGACUGGGACGUGGACGUGGACGUGGACGUGGACGUGGACGUGGACGUGGACGUGGACGUGGAGUGGACGUGGACGUGGACGUGGACGUGGACGUGGACGUGGACGUGGAGGUGGACGUUGAGUGGACGUGGACGUGGACGUGGACGUGGACGUAGACGUGGACGUGGACGUGGACGUGGACGUGGACGUGGACGUGUACGUGGACGUGGACGUGGACGUGGACGUGGACGUGGACGUGUGGACGUGGACGUGGACGUGGACGUGGACGUGGACAUGGACGUGGACGUGGACGUGGACGUGGACGUGGAGUGGACGUGGACGUGGACAUGGACAUGGACGUGGAGGUGGACGUGGACGUGGAGUGGACGUGGACGUGGACGUGGACAUGGACGUGGAGGUGGACGUGGAGGUGGACGUGGACGUGGACGUGGAGGUGGACGUGGACGUGGACGUGGACGUAGAGGUGGACGUGGACGUGGACGUGGACGUGGAGAACUUGGACGUAGACAUGGACGUGAACGUGGACAUGGACGUGGACAUGGACGUGGACAUGGACGUAAACGUGGACGUGGACAUGGACGUGCACGUGGACGUGGACGUGGACAUGGACGUGGAGGUAGACGUGGAGUGGACGUGGACGUGGACGUGGACGUGGACAUGGACGUGGACGUGGACGUGGACGUGGACGUGGACGUGGACGUGGACGUGGACAUGGACGUGGGCGUGGACGUGGACGUGGACAUGGACAUGGACGUAGACGUAGACGUGGACGUGGACGUGGACAUGGACGUGGACGUGGAGAACUUGGACGUGGACAUGGACGUGAACGUGGACGUGGACGUGGACGUGGACGUGGACGUGGACGUGGACAUGGAGGUGGACGUGGACAUGGAGGUGGACGUGGACGUGGACAUGUACGUGGACGUGGACAUGUACGUGGACGUCGACGUGGAAGUGGACGUGGACGUGGAGAACUUGGACGUGGACAUGGACGUGGACAUGGACGUGGACGUGGAUGUGGACGAAGACAUGGUCGUGGAUGUGGACGUGGACGUGGACGUGGACGUGGACAUGGACUUAGACGUGGACGUGGACGUGGACGUGGACGUGGUCGUGGACGUGGUCGUGGACAUGGACGUGGACGUGGACAUGGACGUGGACGUAGACAUGGACGUGGACCUGGACGUGGACGAGGACGUGGCGUGGACAUGGACGUGGACUUCCGAUACUGACCGACCUGGCCAAUGCACCAUUUUCUCUAUACAUGUGCAUUGA